ACCCUGUGUCUACUAAAAAUACAAAAUUAGCAAAAACAAAAACAAAACAAAAACAACUAAAAAAACAACCAUAUAGGAGGCUCUGAGUUUGUAGGCAGCCUGUGGUUUAACAUCUUUCUAUCCCGUUCAACUCAGCUCCACGGGGCACAUGCCGUCUCCCCUCUGCUCAUGACAAUGUCUGGAUCAAACAAAUAGAUAAUGAAAACAUGAUGGCCUCGCCCAGCAAAUCUCCAGGGUUGGAAAGAGUCCCCUGGCAGGGAAUUGGCACCCAUUAUGCCCCUCCUCUCUCUCUUACUGUCUACUGGAAAUGUCCCCAUCUCCCUUUGAGUCCUCCUCCAGGGCUACCCAGGAGCUUCAUUAUCCUCUGUCCUGAAAUCAUCACAAUGACCAGAGUGGCCUCAGCUCAGGGCCUCUGUGACAUCACCAAGGGCCUGGCACCAGGUGCCCAGUCUCCCAGUUGCAAGAGCAAGCAAACCCAUCAUGAGCAACUCCCUUCCCCAUCUCUGCUCACCAUGUGGAUGCUGAAAUGGUUCCUGGUCCUGCUUCUGUGCCUCAUCUACAGCUAUGCCUUUAUGUUCUCUCCUCUGAGAGAGAAAACUAAUGAGCCCCAGGGGAAGGUGCCAUACGAAGGGCACUUUCGGAUUCGGCAGAAUCCAGCAGAGCACACCCAAGGCUGGCUUGGGAACAAAUGGCUCUGGCUUUUGUUUGUUGUUGUGCUGUAUGUGAUACUGAAGUAUCGAGGAGACAGUGGCAAGAAAAAGGAGCAGAGUCCUCCUGGCCUUCGAGGCAGCCAAUUUCGCACUCCACUAAAGAAAAGUCAAAAUGCUUCCCCCAACAAAGACUGUGCAUUCAAUACCUUGAACCAACUCGAGGUGGAGCUUGUGAAAUUUGUGUCCAAGGUACGGAAUCUUAAGGUUGCCAUGGCAACAGGUGGUGGCAGCAACCUCAGGCUUCAAAGGUCAGAGAUGCCUGCAGAUCCACACAAUAAUAUCACGAUCUAUGAAAUUUGGGGAGAAGGCGGCUCUAACUGAAUGGAUUUGUGUGUCAAAAAAAUAGAGAAAAAAAGUUGAGUAUUGACAAACUGUAUACAAACUAAUAAAACUAUUCUGAAGAA